AUGAGUGUUGUCGACACGGGCCUGCCGUGGCUCCGUUUCCUUCCUCCCCUUCAGCUCACAUCUUCGAUCACGAUGCGUGAAAAGGACUCAUUCCCAAGGAAAAUGCUGGUAGCUUCUGGAGGUCACAGUUCCCCCAAACAGGCAGCCGUAUAUCCCCUCUCUGUGAGAGUACCACCUGGAGAUGAAAUGCCGUUCGAUCUCUCUAGGAAUACUAGAUCCCCUGGUCCCCACAUGUCUCCAGCAGGUAGACCUCCCCAAGGUCCCCAAGAUGGAGAAGAACAACCAUUAGAUCUCAGAGUUGAACAUAAGAAGUCAACCUUGUUGAUUGUGCGAAGGCAAGUAGAAGACGAGAAUAGAAACUUGAUAUCCCCUAGCCCUAGUGUGAGUAGUGAUAAAGACGAAGUGAUAGUUGAAAACAAAAACAAUUCAGUUAGGAACCAAAUCGAAUGUAGCAAUAAUACUGCUGAUAGUUUAUCGAAAUCAUUAAGCCAACAACUGCCAACCUACCCAGGCAUGCUUUUUCCUCCUCAACCCAUACAUCCCAUGAUGUUAGAAGUGAUGUAUCGUGCUCAAAAAGGUGAAAAUCUCCCUAGGAUACCAAUGGCUUAUCCUGGGUCACCACCUGGAUAUCCACAGAGGUAUCCCUUCGUGAACUCAUCAAUGUUGAGUCCUCCUGUUAACCAAGUACCUUUUGAUAUAUUGAGGAAUACUCCUGCAUCACAGACACCGAAAGUAUUCGAUCCUGCUGUGGGUAAAGUGAAAGACAGAUACGCAUGUAAAUUUUGCGGUAAAGUUUUUCCUAGAUCUGCCAACCUAACUAGACAUCUCAGGACACACACAGGAGAACAACCCUAUAAAUGCCGUUAUUGUGAGAGAUCGUUCAGUAUAUCUAGUAACCUCCAAAGGCAUGUUCGAAAUAUCCAUAAUAAAGAAAAACCAUUCAAGUGCCCGCUUUGUGAGAGAUGUUUUGGACAACAAACAAAUUUAGAUAGGCACUUGAAAAAACAUGAAGCUGAUGGUCCUACUAUAUUAGAUGAAAGAAAUUUACAGAGGAGAAAUAUGACUGCUAGGAGUAUCAGUGAAGAGUCCUACUUCGAGGAGAUCAGAUCAUUCAUGGGAAAAGUAACUGACGGAAGGCUGUUACAGCAUCUUCAGCAGCCGAAGCAGAUGUCAAACUUUUCUAUGCCAUUGCCAAAACUCUUCGAUUCUAGCAAGAUGAGUUUAGAAAAGCCUAUAUCUCCUGAAAGUAGCAAGAUUGACUCACCUUAUUUUUCUGAUAGGGAUAAUGUUUCCUCAAGAUCAUCAACUAGUUCGGAUCUAUCCAAUAGAGAUGAAGAUGAUGUGAAAAUGAAAUCCACGGAAGAAACUAUGGAGCAAGACAAUGAAGACAUAAGUGAUAAUAAUAACAACAAUACUUGA